UCGACAGAACGUCAAGUGUGGAACAACACGUUCUCAGUAAGCAGCGCGAAGGAUCCUGGAUUCUGGGGUAUAUGUCAGCCUUACAGCCCUAACGACACAGCCCACGACUUAACGAACUUGAUCAUCAGCAACAUGAUUUGCUCAUCGCGGCAAACUUGGAAUUCCUUCCCUGGUUUGCGCGUAAUUGUGGAGGCACUUGUCGAUUCGUUCUAUGAGUACCCGCUCCUUGGUAAUGAGUCAAGAUGGGCCUCUUUAGCUCAAUUCCCGCUACUUUUCGACCCCAAUACAGCCAUCCAUCACGUUUAACGUGCUUUCCUCGAGCUAAAGAUGCGGUCAGUUUGUGUCCCAACGCUCAGGCAACCUUGAUCGAGGUUACAGUCGUGGCGCUGAGCAUCUGCCUAUUCGAGGCACUUCCUGUCAGCCUCAAUCCCGAGCGUCUGGUCUGCUGUCAGAUUCUUACUUCAUGAUAGGCCAACAGCAAACCUUGAUUUAUAUACGACCGUGACAAACAGAAUGACGUCCGGAUCGGGCCUACACAUGGAUCACGCUUACCAGAUUCUUGGGACAACUACUGGAAGUCGGAUCAUUGGCCCGACCCCCAAUUAAUCCCUGGGCCUUAGGAAUAUAGGCGGAGAUAUCAUCAAGAGCCUCCAGGUGUGAAUGUUCGAGAGACCUGUGCAAGCGAUAGUUGCCUGCCAAACGUGGGCCUAUAUGAACCCAGCAACGACGCCAAUGCACUGUUCGUAGUAUCUGCAGUAUAUUACAAGGAAUUUGCCUGUCUCCUCCUUUUUCAGGAGAAAAACAAACUAUUUACAUCUACAACUGAAUCAGAAGCAGCCAUGUCCGAUCGAGAAGCCCUCCAGCCGACCAAGUCGAGCAAGACUCCAUCGAGUCUUCCCGCUGCCUACUCAGUCGAGCAGAACAAAGAGAGAAGUCGGGCCCUCAAUCAGAAGCUCGACUUUGCGUUGCUUCCGCUUCUUUCACUUCUAUAUCUGUUCAAUGGUCUAGAUCGUGGCAACGUUGGUAAUGCCGAAACCCAAGGUUUUACCACAGACAUAGGGGCUGAGCCUGAUGAUUUGAAUGAAGCGGUCUCUCUAUUCUUCGUCACUUUUGUUGUAUUGCAGCCCGUUUCUGCCGCAGCUGGCCGUUAUAUUGGUGCUAAGCAUUGGAUCCCCUUUUUAAUGUUUGGCUGGGGUGCAGUGACAAUUGGUCAAGCUUUCAUCAAAGGACGUGGGGCACUCAUCGCCACACGUUUGCUCAUUGGCGCCUUUGAAGCGGGCUUCUACCCCACGGCCGUUGCGUAUUUGUCAUUCUUCUAUCCUCGUUACGACUUUUGUGUUAGACUCGCUCUAUUCUAUGGACAGUAUGCCAUCGCUGGAGCCUUCUCGGGCUCAAUCUCAUACGGCAUUUUCCAUCUCCGUGGUGGUGGCCUCAAGAACUGGCAAUAUCUCUUCCUUAUCGAGGGAGCACUAACAUGCUUCUUUGCUAUCAUUGCUUGGCUGUGGCUACCUAAAGGCCCUGGCUCUGCUUGGUUUCUUCGUCCAGAUGAACGAGAGUUUGCUGUCGAACGCAUGAAGCAAGACAACGCCGAGUUCGUACAGCAUGAGUACAGCGAAGAUGGUAUUGAAGAGAAUCGCUUGAGCAAGAGAGAUUUCGUGGAAACGAUGAAAGACUGGAAGCUGUGGACUGUCCUUCUGCUCAACAUCUGCGCGAGUGUCCCCAGCGGUGCCUUCUCAGUUUUCCUGCCCCUUGUUGUUCAGGGGCUGGGUUAUGAGUCCAUCCUUGCCAACCUGAUGACAGUUCCGCCCUUCGUCUGUGGUGCUCUUGGCCUCUACGCCUUUGCUCUAAGUUCGGAUCACUACAAGGAACGGGGAUAUCACAUUUUGGGUGGUUUGGUUAUUGGUAUCAUUGGCCUGAUCCUUACCGUUACAAUCUCCUCGAGCACUGGGCAGUACGUUUCACUUUGUGUGCUCCUAUCUGGUGUAUACAUUUCGGCUCCUCUCACUAUGGCAUGGCUCAGUGGCAACACGCCUGAGCCUGGCAAGCGAGCUCUUGUGCUUGGCGUCAAUGGUUUCGGUAACCUCGGAGGCGUGAUCGGGGCGCAGUUGUACCGACAGCGAUACAAGCCCCAUUACAGAUUUCCAUUUUACGUCACGCUGGGUUUCCUUGCCAUCGCCUUGAUCGGAUAUUUGUCUUAUCGAUUCAUGCUUGCAGCGGUCAACAAACGCAAGCAGGCGAUAUUGCGCACAAUGUCACCAGAGGAGAUCGAGAGUGAGAGAUUCAACGACCGCCGAUACGCAGACAAGAAGUUGACUUUCAUGUAUGGGCUGUGAUUGUCUAUAUGGACACAAACCGACCACGGUUGGUCGCUAGAAUUAGAUAUACGAGAUAGAUGCAUAUGCAGAUACAAGAUCUGUUUUUCCCCAAUAUCAUGGUUCCUUUUCUGCAACCUUCAUGCUGGCCAACUGGCUCUGCAAUCCUUGCUUUCCUACCUUCAUGGCCAUCUCCAACUCCCUUUCUUCAUCUCUCAAUCGGGCUUUACUAGCCGCCACCUCUCGAUCGCGCUUCUUUUUCUGUUCCUCCACCACGCGGUUUCUCUCCUCCAGUGCCUUCUCACGCUUCUCGCGUGACUCGCGCUGCUUUCGCUGCUCUUCGUCGUCCUUGGCUGCAUCAAGGUCCUCUGGUGGGGGAGGCAGAUUGCUCACGUAAGCCUCAAUCAGAGGAUCGCGGAUCUUGGGCUCGAGGGAUAUGAAGCGAAUGUCGGUGAGGACCGGGUCGGGUAAGCCGGUAGAUAGCGACUUGUUGUUUAGUAAGUGCACCGGCUGGGCCUUGAGCAGGGCAGUAAGAUCGGACUUGAGUUUGGACUGGGGCAUUUUGAGGCGACCAAUGUGUUCUCGAUAUGCCUUCUCGCGAUCCUUGUCGGUGAUCUUGUGAUCUUUCAUGACGUCCUCUUUCUUGUAUUUUCUCUUGAACUCGGGCCAGUACAGCUUCGGCGUCGCCUUUUCUUGCAGGAAUGCCAUGUAAGCAAUACGAGGAUCCCGCUUUUCCUGCCUGGCUCGUUGCUCCUUCAACUCCGCGAUCUUCUCACGCGUCCACUCGUCCCAGCAAUCCCGACGUGCUUUCGUAGUGCUGAGUGCUGUAUAUCGCAAGUCAUCGAUGAUUUUGCCUUCCUCCAGGAGUUUCUCCCACGGGCUGUAUGGGUUGAUGUUGAAGUCGUUCAAGAGAUCUUUGAACAGGUAUUUCGCGUCAUCUUCGGAUAGAGGCACUCCCUCAGCACCUUCAGGCCAUUCUUCAGCGUUUCCGUCGUCGUAGUCGCCUGGUUCAAGGCCGUAAUCGUCUCCCAUGGCCUGUAAUUGAGCUGCAAAAUCAGCUUCUGUGAAUUCCAUGGGUACGUCUUCGUCUGCGUCAGGAUCUGCAGUCCGUUGCCGUUUGGAGGGAUGUUCUUCAUCGCCUUCACCUUCCCCUUCGUCAUCCGUCACCUCGACCUCCUCAUAUUCGCUAUCGUCGUCCAAACCUGCCACUGGGGCGUCAUUCUUUUGUGGUACUGCUUGCUUCUCUCGCUUUUCAUCUUGCUUAUGCUCCUUUUCUUGAUUCUCUCCUGCGGCUUUCUGCCGUAGCCGGGCCUUGUCAAGCUCCAAAAUGGCAGGCAUCAACUUCUCCGGUAUGCGCCAGUAGCUGGCAUUCUUGACAGGGUUGUAUACGAAGCGCCUCGAGUACUUGGUAUAUACGAGAAUCCAUGGUUCACAACCUGGGAUCGGCUCCUUUCUCCUCGGCUUGUCAACAGGCUGUGGACGCGGUCGACCUUCGAAGCCUCCACGACCUCCUCCAUGCCCACCUCGUGAACUAUUAUUAUGCCUUUGCCCAUUAUUAUCUUGAUUGAAUUGUGCCAUGUAGGCAUUGGCGACGUUGGGAUCGGCUAAGUAUGGUAUUGAGCCAUACCCAGGAUAUGCGGGAGCUUGUGGUUGCGCCGGCUGUGGAGGCGGCUGGACUCCUGGACGCUUGUAUGUUGAUUCUUUUGUUUCAGCGUUAUAAUAGUAUGUAUGUCCAGUCGGCGCGGUAUGCUCGCUCCAUCCUGGAGGAAGCGGUGCCAGAGCGGCUGCCGAUGGUGUGUGUGUCGAUUUGAGCAUCUCGCUUCGUCGCGUCGCAAACUAUGACAUCAGGUUGUACAUUCAGAAGCUAUCCCUGAGAUGGUGCUUCAUAAGCAAUAUGUUCGCACAGGCAGAGGUUCUAGAUUUCCGAUUGUCGAUAUUUCAUCGGUAGGAGUUGUCUUAUUGAAAAGUUGUUAUGGCUGAGGGAAAGCAACCAAGUUUCCUGGUCGUCAAC